AUGAAGCUUGACAAAAAGCAUCGACCCGGUGAAACUGUGCGAGCAUGCCAAUGGGGAAUUGGUACUUGUAAUAUAUACUAUCGCGGUGAAAAGCACGAUAAAACAAAUGUCAUUGUUCAUUCUGCUGCCCUUGGAAAGGCUAUUCUUCGCAAGGAGAAAGUGCAGAUUGAAGUGGCGACGAUGAGGUAUAUACGCGAGAAUGCCUCAAUACCUGUUUCUGAUGUGUUCGGCACUGGUAUCUGCUGGGCUGGCCGUUACAUUGUUAUGUCAUGUCUCGAAGGAGUACCGCGAUCCACACUCCUCAAAGAUUCUUCUUCAGCAGAAAAGCCAGUACUGAGCCCGCAACUAAGCGAGCGGAGCUUGAAGCCGGCUUAUUGCGAAAUGGCCGCGUUUAUUAUCGAGUGGCUCAGACACGGAUUUGAUUCCAUUGGUGCUCUUCGGGAAGAUGGGGGAAAUUUCUCUAUUACAAGGCGAUCCCUGACCUCAAAUAUGAGCGAGCUGAUGGUGUCUGCAAAUUUACCAGAAGGCAGCGCUUGCUACUUGCAUAUCAGCCACCUUCAAUUACGUUUACAACAACGAGAUGCUGCUAGCAGCGAGGAUGACUACCGGAAGAAAUUCAUUGCGCAUUUGUUCCUGGAGAUCACAAAAGAUAUCUGCGCAGAGGACUCGCAAGGACCAGUUCGACUAUAUUGUGACGGCUUUGGUCCUUCAAAUGUCUUAAUAGAUACCGCUGCUUUUCGUGUCUCGGGAGAAGGUGACCUUGUGAUGUUUUUGAGUCGUUAUCAUCCCGAGCUACGUGUCUUUGUGGAAGCCCUAGGCAAUCACGAAAGCGAGUUGAUCGAAAGACAAAUUCUCUCUGAAUCACAGCGCUUGUCUCCACGAAUGGAGGAUUCCGUGAAGACUGGGCUAUUCUGGGUUUGCUUAGCAGUACGAUACAGCUCCAUGCUCGAUGAAAUCUAUUGUAAAUUCAUCGACAACUGGUAUUAUGGGCCCUUCAAUUCUCUGUAUGGCCGUAUGCAGCUAUGGGACCCGAAACAGCAGCAAGACAUGAUCGAACUUGGGCGGCUCAAGACUGGCCAGGCCGACGAUAAAGAUAUCUUUGUCAAUCACUAUCCAAUUACUGAGCUACUCGAACUAAGAUUGUGUAACACCGAGCAUCGAGUUGUGUUAUAG